GGCAGCACCGACGGCGGCGGCUCCCCCCUUCCCGCCUAGCCCCGCGCACCAUGGCCCCCGCAGCCCCCUGCCUCGUCCUCGGCCUCCUGGUGCUGAGUUUGUGCUGUGAAGCUUGCAAGAACGUAAUUUUUCAUGUUCCUUCUGAACUAGAGGCCGACACGUUAGUUGGCAGAGUUGAUUUGCAAGAAUGCCUUCAGUCUGCAGAGUUUAUCACUUCCAGUGAUGGGAACUUCAAGGUUCUAGAGGAUGGUUCUGUGUAUACAACAUCUGCUCUUUCUUUGUCUGCUGAGAAAAAGACUUUUACCAUAUUACUUAAGGACAUUCAAGAAAAAGUUGAAAAGAAAAUACACGUUAGCUUGGUGGAAAAAGAAAAAAAGACACCGAAGACCAGGCAUUCUAGAGACACAGUUCUCAAGAGAACCAAAAGAAGAUGGGGCCCUAUUCCAUCUGUCAUGAUAGAGAACUCACUGGGACCUUUCCCACUGCAAAUACAGCAGGUCCAGUCAGACACAGCUCAGAACUACACAAUUUAUUAUUCUGCAAGUGGACCAGGAAUUGAUCAAGAUCCAAAGGGUUUGUUUUACAUAGAAAGAGAAACUGGAAAUAUCUUUGCUACUCGUGCGGUAGACCGUGAACAGUAUCCAAGUUUUCAGAUCAUUUGCUUUGCAACCACCCCGGAUGGUUAUUCACCAGAAGUACCACUUGUGCAUACAAUCAGGAUAGAGGAUGACAAUGAUAAUGCUCCGUAUUUUACACAAGACCUUUUUGAAUUUUGUGUGCCUGAAAAUUCCAGACCUGGUGUUGUUGUUGGAAAAGUGAUUGCAGAGGACAGAGAUGAGCCUUAUACUCUCCAUACCACACUGAAAUACCGCAUUGUGUCACAAACCCCACCAAUUACCCCAGCAUUUUCUUUACAUGGUGACACCGGUGUCAUCUCUGUAUUACUGCCACAGCUGGACAGAGAGCUUGUACCCAGUUACACUUUGUUAGUCGAAGUGAGAGAUAUGGCAGGUCAGCCUUUUGGUUUGUGCACUACAGGAACAGUUGUCGUCAAAAUUGAAGAUACAAAUGACAAUGCACCAUCCUUCAAACAGUUACAAUAUGAAACACGAGUGGAAGAAAACAGAGUGAGUGUAGAAAUACUGAGAGUCUCUGUUGUUGAUCUUGAUGAACCUGGUUCACCUGGCUCAGGAGCAGUAUAUGAAAUUAUACGAGGAAAUGAUGAUCAGGCCUUUGAAAUUACAACUGACAAAAACACAAACGAAGGAAUACUGUGUGUUGUUAAGGGACUGGACUAUGAAACUGCCAAGCAAAGGAUCCUGGUGAUUGGAGUGAACAAUGAGGCACCCUACGUGCUGGCUCCCCACUCACAACAACUUUCCCAGAGCACCUGCUCUGUUACUGUGCAUGUGAUGGAUGUGGAUGAGGGACCGGUGUUUAAACCCUGUCUGCUGCGCUUGGACGUUAAAGAAUGCGAAGAUAUUGGAACGGCUAUUGGGAGAUAUGUAGCAGAAGAUCCAGAAACUGGAAAUAGUGAGGGCAUAAGGUACCGGAUACCACCUGGCCAGUGUAAUUGGAUCAACAUAGAUGACAAAUCAGGUGAAGUCAGAACUGUUAGGGUCUUGGACAGAGACUUAGGCGAAAUGAGACGAGGUCAAUGCAAUGUCACAGUCCUUGCAAUAGACAGAAAUGGUAAAACGGGCACUGGAACAAUCCAGGUUUGCAUUGUGCCUGGCAACAAGAAUUUCCCACGACUCACUCAAACAGAUUAUAUCAUGUGCAGAGACAGAAAACCAAUCUGCCUCACGGCACAGGAUGGCGAUGAGGCUCCUUACAGCGCGCCCUUCGUGUAUCGCAUCACGGACCGGAACCUGGCUUCCAUGUGGAAGCUAACUCCACACGAUGAUAAUUCUUGGUAUCUUUCACCAAAGAGUGAUAUUCCAUAUGGAAUUUAUGAAAUUCCUGUAAGUGUGAUUGAUAACGGAGGAAAGAUAGGAGAGAACACCGUAAGAGUUAACCUCUGUGACUGUGUUACUCCAAGUGAAUGUGAUGGCAGAACUCGUCAGCUGUCUGGAGGAAAUGUUACCCUUGGUCUCUGGGCCAUCCUUGCAAUGAUCUUAGGAUCAUUAUUAUUGCUGCUAAUCCUGAUCACAAUUUGUGGCUGCUGCGGUGCUGGGGUAAUGCACAGGCAGGUGACUGAUGAUUGUGCCAAUCACAAUUUAAUCAUUUCAAACACAGAAGCUCCGGGAGAAGAAGUGAUGGAUCACAAUAUAAUUCCUCUGCAAAAUACAUGUGAUCAAGGAGGUUAUGGAGUAAAAACAGGAGAGCAGCAAACAUUUGAAAUGGUAAAAGGAAGAGGGCAUACCUUGGAAUCAGUCAAGGGAGGUGGACAUCAGACUCUGGGAUCAGUUAAAGAAGGAGGAGGACAGCCUAUGAUGGAUACUUGUAGAUACUCCUACUCAGAGUGGCAUAAUUUCACACAUCCUCGUUUAGGCGAAAAGGUGCACCUAUGCAGACAGGAUGAAGAACAGAAGCAUUCUGAAGAUUAUCUCCUUUCAUAUAACUAUGAAGGAAAAGGAUCCUUGGCUGGCUCUGUAGGCUGCUGCAGUGAUCAGCAUGAAGAAGAGGCACUUGACUUCUUAGAUCAGUUGGAACCCAAGUUUAGGACAUUAGCAGAAACAUGCAUCAAAAGAUAAAUGUGCCUUUCACAGUGCUGAAAAAGACCUGUAAAUAAGUGGCUGAUAUAGUUUUGUGAUACAGGGUACUUUGGAAUUGAGGGGGGUAGAGGUUUUUCAAAAUUAAGACAGACUGGUAAGAGUGUAAAUAACUCUUGCUUUAAAUUUACAUUUUCUUACACUGGAUACAUUCUAUCAGAAAAAAGGGAUUCAAAAUAUUUUUUCUUUAGGUUAAUAUAGUAAUGCUAGUUUCCACUUAGAUAACAUUUUGCAUUCUUUGUGAUUGCUCACAAUGCAAAACUUGGUGUUCUGUUAAUUAAUUAUCCAGCUUCAAAAUCUUACUAUAUAUGGCUUUGGAGAAGGAAAACUUUAUAACUUCCUGUUUCUUUGUUCUCUUUUAAUUUUGUAGAAAUGAAGCAAAUCAUAUUGUUGGUGGAUAUCAAAUACCUUGUUAACUUAUAUGAACUGAGAUACGAAAUAUUUUUUCAUUUUGGACGUAAAAAUACUCAUGAAUAUAUUAGAGAACUUUACAUUUUGAUUGAAAAUUAAAUAUAUAUAUAUAUAUUGUAUAUAUGUAAAAUAAUAUUCAAAAAUAUAUUUUUCUCCUAAUGGGUUACUACCCAUCAAACUUGCUAUCCUAAGGGAUUUAUGGUGUCACCACAUAGGGUAUCAGCAUUGUAUGCGAGGAUGUAUUUUUCUUUUAAGGAAAUAAGAGAUUAAAAAAAAAAAUAAAUAAAAAAAUCACGCAAUAGAGGAAACUAUCAUAAUUCAAAGGAAUGCAAUAUAAAUCUCAUGUUUACUUCACACAAGUUUGUACCUCAGUUUCUUGUGAGUUUUGACAUAGUAUCACUGCAGAAAUGAUGACCACUGCCGAGAGUUUUGUCCAGUGUAGCUACCACUACCUUUUCUACUUUCCCUGUUAUGGACUUCAUUAAAGUGUUUCUUUUCGAAGUGGAGCUUGGCAGAAGAUACGGCUCAAAUGGAUUGAGUACACUGCAUUAAUAAUGUGUUUCAGAGAUACCUUUUUAUUGAGAUGCAGAAUUGUGCUGGGAGAAACUCUCUGUUUCAGUGUAAUUUGGGGUAGAUGUAGAGGUCAGCAUUUACACACAUCUCUGGCAGAAACCAUCUGAAUCCCAUUUGUUACUGUUCUAGAUUAAGCACACAUAUACACUAUAUAUAUAUAUAUACACACAAACACACAAAAGUCCGAAAUACCUUUGGCAGAUGACAGCAGUGGGACUUGAAUGCUGCCAUAAGCAGCAGGUGGAAUUCCACCUCUGCUUCCCAGGUUUUAAGUGUUUUUUUAAUGUUUGCACUCCUGGUUAAGCAAUCUGUCUUCUGUCCUCCGGGAAUUCUUUUGUGCCUUAAAAGAACAACUCGGUGCCUAUGAGAAACUUGUGCAAUUGCUUAUUUCUGGAGCUAGAAGUCUGCUUUUAGGAUUUGCUCUGUAAACAUACGCCUUAGAGAUAUUUUUAAACAUUUACUAUAGCUAAUGAUCUGUAAAAGGAAAAAUUGCUAACAACCAAGAGUCUUGCUGCUCUAAAUUUCAGUUACUGCUGACUUCCAGUGGUUGCAGUUCAUUCCAUAGAUGAUAUUAUAUAUAUGUAUAUAUAUAUAUACACACACACACACACAUAUAUAUAUAUAUAUAUAUAUAUAUAUAUGGUUAAUGGUCAGUGAAAACCCUUAACAGUAUAAAAACUUAUCAACUUCAUAAAAUAAUACUUUUAAUACUUUGUUUCACACUGUAAAGAGGCUUCAGAAUAUUUCUGGUAACUAGCUGUGGUUAAGGACUUCAUAGACCAGUGUUAAAUAUAUUUUACUGUAUUGUUUGAAAGUGGUAAUGAACUGAUCCUGAAGUAAAUACACUGCCAGUGGCAAGAACGACAGUCACCAGCAGCAAACUAGCUGGAUAGCAAGGUGUUACAAACUUGUUUCAUUUAAAAAAUGUGGGCUAACACUUCUCUUCUGAACACUGCUUAUCUUUAUCACUAACAUAAACAAAAUUUUCUGUACAUGGACAGUCAGAUCUGUGACUGAUAAAAGUCAGAAUUUCUCUGCUGAUGCCAGUGGAGCUAUGCUGACUUUAUGUCAGGUGAAGGUCUGUCCACUAGUGAUUUUCUUGCUGCUUUGUGUCUUGCACCUUUAUGUUUAGCUAUUUGCUAUACACUUUUUAAGGUAACAGUAAUGUCUCCCCCUCCCCCUUUUAAUGUUUGGUGGUAUUUUUGUUUGUUUGUAUUUUAAAUUAUAUAAAAGUCCUAUGGUUCAGAAGGACCUAGGAUAAAUAACAACUGCACUCUUUGGAAAAUUACUUGGAGGGUCGUGUAGAGAAAUCCCUGUGAGUAUGCUUUCUUCCCUCAUAAAAUAUAGUAAUAGUACUUUUCUAAAAGAAUAGACCAAAUUUGUAUGAGCUUAAAUUGAAUCAGUGUUGGCUGCCUUAAACAGGUGGUUGCCAACUUACCAUCCUAGAGUGAAAAUAAUACAUUAUUUAAAUCAAAAUAAUCCUUUUCUAAUCUAAUUUACCUUUAAAAUGUUUUAUUUGGUUUUGUUUUUUUUUCUUUUUUUUUUUCUCUUACAUUUCAGCAAACAUAGAUUAAUUACUUUUUUUUUUCAUUUUUAAACAAAGUAGAAAUCUGGAAUCACUUCUACUCCUUUGUCUCUUAAAAAAGUAAAAUUCUGAGUUGAACCAGCUAUUUCUGUAAAACCAAGACUAGAAGUGAGGUGCUUUAAAAAAAGAACUGCAAAACAUUAUUUUAAUUUUUUCUUCUAAUUAUGUGAAUGGAAACUUUGUAUAAAGCACUAAAGUUUACAGAUAUCAAGUACCAGGUAACAUUUGUGUAAGUCUUAUAAAUGGAAUAUUUCAAAAUAUAUAAUUCACUUGUUGUUACUGUCUUGAAUUGCCUUAAAAAUUGUGAAGAUUUCUUCCCUUCAAUUAGGUAAUCUGCAAUCUACCUAGAUGUGUCAAAAAUAUCUUAACAUCAUAUUUUUAGGUAUAUUUUGUACAACAGUGAGUAAUAAAUUUUUUGCAAAAUAAAA